GUUAAGUUUUCGGAAUUUUAUUUUAUAUGAUUUAGCAGUUAUUUGACCUUUUUGAUGUAACCUUACCAAAUACUACCUGCACGAUGAAUGCCAUCAUUGCAUUGUGCCAUUUUUGUGAAGCCCAUGGACCGAGCGCCAUCUUCUGCACACAAACGCUGCGGGAAACGAACAUCCACCAGCUGGACAUUUGCUUUGACAGCGAUCGGAAGGGUUGCGGAGCUUGCAAUUCCAUUGGCAACUCGAUCGGUUUGGUGAGCAAAGACCCGGAUAGCAAUGCGCACUUCGUUAGCAGCCAGGUGCCGGCCAUCCCGGAAACAGUUGAGUUGGUGCGGAAGGCUGCCUUUCGGAGCAUCAGUUCGGAGGUCAGCUGCCCCUCGUUAGCAUCGAGUGGAUCCAGUAGUAGUGAGGCUGCGGCAGCAUCGGUUGGCUUCGAGGGGGGAUUGGUGUUUUUUGGAGAUGCUCAUCGGGGGCACGUGUUGAGUUACUCGUUUCAGCUGAUGGAUUCCCAAGCACGUGGCUUCGUGAAGCAGUUUUCGAUCGUUAUUUUGAUGAAAGAUAAGAUGUUUUUGUUGAAUAUUCAACCAUUUUUGGCGGAUUGCUUGAGUAAAAUUUCGAAGGAGCUCCAGGGUUACGCCAGGAGUGUUCACGACGAAGAUUUGAAGGUGCAGGGUUCGCAACGUGCUCAGCGUAUCAAUCAAGGGUUUGUGAACAAUCCUUCGACCACACGAUCGUUGAUGGAAUUAACUGGAAAGGAGUCUAUUUUCGCUUAUUUACAUUCGCAUUUUUCGUUUGUGCUGUGGGCUGGAGCGAGGUAUUUGACGGAAAGUAUAACCCUAGGGAGUCCAUCGGUUCCACCGUGGUUGGGCCGAGAUACGGAGGAAGGUUUCGCUAUGGUACAGACCGAUAAGGAAGGCUACUUGAUGCGACGCAUGGGUUUGGGAAAGGUUGACGACGAAACCGAUCGGAUAGAUGAUCGGACCAAGGCCAAAUAUCAGCUGAGAAAGUUUAGACAAAUACUGAAGGGAGACUUUCCGGCGGUUUGUUUCUGUGCCUUGACCGGUAUACAGAUAGUGAUACGAGGGCCACCGAUUAAGGGCACAUGUUUGGUGUGGAAUCUGAAGAAGCUGCUGCCGGAACCAAUGCAUCAGCUGGCUAAGGUGCACACCGAAUCGUACAAAGCUGCUCAGGAGUGUCGCAUCAUAAAUCUGAACUCGGACGCUGUCGCUCCCAAUCCUUCGGCCGGGAUUAUGCGGAUCGAUUUGAUGGAUGAUCGAGACAAAGACACGGUGGCCGUGUGCGUUUGGGAAGGAGAUCUACCUUCGAAACUACCAACGUUGCACCAGAAAAUCCUGAAGGCCAUUGACGAAGAACUUUUUACGGACUUAGUUCUGGACAAACACCUUCGGGCCCUGAUCGAAGAAUGGAAAAAGCUUUCUUUCGUUUCUGUUUCCGGUCCGGCUCCCCAGCAAAGUGGUCUGUAUUCGGAAGAUGCACUCGAACCAAGACGUGGCCCGGAUCAAGAAGAUCAUGGACAUCCAACAGCAGGACCAGGUACUGAUCACCUACUGGUACAGCCACUUGUGAAGGACAAACGACGAUGACGACGACGCUUUGGGUUUGGUUUUUACGUGGAAUCAUUUUUUCUUAUAUUUC